GUUAUGGCGUGUGCUCGUCUUCUCAGAGAGCCAAUCAGAGCCUCGCUUGCUACCCCGGGGAUUUGGGAAACGGAAAAGCCCCCGACCGGUUCCUGGGGAGUGGGGUGGGGCCUCACGUGAGUGACAGCCCGACCCUCCAAUAGGAAGAGCGCUGGGACCUACCCCCUUCUGACUCCAGAGCUAGAAAAGAGCGUUGAUGCCCGCGGCAGUGAUGAGUUGUAGGUGGAGCUGGUUGCUCCGCGGCACCGAGGAGCGGCGGCUGUUGCUGGUGCUGGUGGGGCUGCUGCUGCUGCUGGUGCUGGCCUCCUUGCAGAUGUAUUGUUGUCAUUGAAUAUUGGUCCAUUUGAAAAGUGCUAGGGAAGCUCAGCCAUCAGUAUGGCCAAGUACAAACUGAUUAUGUUAAGACAUGGAGAGGGUGCCUGGAACAAAGAGAAUCGUUUUUGUAGCUGGGUGGAUCAGAAACUUAACAGUGAAGGAAUGGAGGAAGCUCGGAACUGUGGAAAGCAACUCAAAGCACUAAACUUGGAGUUUGAUCUUGUAUUCACAUCCAUCCUCAAUCGGUCCAUCCACACAGCCUGGCUGAUCCUGGAAGAGCUGGGGCAGGAGUGGGUUCCGGUGGAAAGCUCUUGGCGUCUAAAUGAACGUCACUAUGGAGCUUUGAUCGGUCUCAACAGGGAGCAAAUGGCUUUGAAUCACGGUGAAGAACAAGUGAGGCUCUGGAGAAGAAGCUACAAUGUGACCCCACCACCCAUUGAGGAAUCUCACCCUUAUUACCAUGAAAUCUAUAACGACCGGAGGUAUAAGGUGUGUGAUAUACCUGUGGAUCAGCUGCCACGAUCUGAAAGCUUAAAGGAUGUUCUGGAGAGACUCCUUCCCUUUUGGAAUGAAAGGAUUGCUCCCGAAGUAUUAAGUGGCAAAACCAUUCUGAUAUCUGCUCAUGGAAAUAGCAGUAGGGCUCUCCUGAAGCAUCUGGAAGGUAUCUCCGAUGAAGACAUUAUCAACAUCACUCUUCCCACUGGAGUCCCCAUUCUCCUGGAACUGGAUGAGAACCUGCAUGCUGUUGGGCCUCACCAGUUCCUGGGCGACCAAGAUGCCAUCCAAGCUGCUAUUAAGAAAAUAGAUGAUCAAGGAAAAGUGAAAAAACGAGUGGAAAAAUGAAGGCUUUCCAUUUGCUAGCUAGGAAUAGCAGUAAAAGAAGUGGCAUGCAGUGUUUUAUGGGUGCUGAUCUCUCUUCUCUCUUUAUUUUCCCCUGAUUUUUCCAAAAUGGGGCUAUGGGGUAGAGUUUCUAUAGGUAACUAGGUAAUUUAUGUUGCCCAGAUAAAGGCUUUAGGAUGCCUGAGACUUUAAGUCUUAUGAAUGAAGUCUCCUGCUAGUCCUGUUUGAAUUAGUUAUUCAUGGGGGCUAAUUAGUAACCAGUAGGGCUUAAUCAAUGUCCUAAGUUUCUAAGACAGGAGAGUAACAAGUAGAAGUGAAGUUUAAGGUAUUCAUCAUUCAAUAAAUCAUUAUUGACUCACUAUUGACAGGCACUACUUAUUCCAAUAAGUAGUUCACUUUUAUAUUACUGAGACUUUCUGCAAUGAUAGUAAGGUAUGUUAGAUAAUAAACUCUACUUAAGUAUUUAUUACUAAUUAGCCUUCUCCUCUAGGAAAAGGGAUGCUUUGCUAGUUAAAACCAGAGGCCCAUUAAAUGGGAUAAAUCAUAGGUGGGUUUCUCCACGAAAGCCAACAACAAACAAUAAGGCCCUUUGCCUUGGUUUCUCCACGAAAGCCAACAACAAACAAUAAGGCCCUUUGCCUUGUCUCUAGUCCAGAGACAUCCUUUCUUUGACGUUCAGUAGGAUUCCCCUUUGGCUGCUAGAAUUAGCAACAUGGAGACAACUCUAGCUGUUUAUAUUCUCCUUUUGUUCUGUUGUAUUAAACUUCAAGCUUUAGGUACUUAAAAUUGGUUUAAAAAUAAAGGUCUGUGACCGAAAACAAAUCCCCAAAGUGAUAAACAUUAGGUAAAAGCCUCUGAACUAGUCUUUGGUUCAAAAUCUUCCUGUAACACUCAAAGAGUUACAUGGAUAUUCUCUACAAAUUGAACAUCAAGGUUUGGGGAAAGGUAAGAUAUAGUGCAUGUAAUUUUAUUCACAUGAGCAGGGAAAAUAUGGUACAUUGGGGCUUGUCAUAAACAUGUAUUGUUCAUCAGCCAAGAGCAAGUGUAUAUAACAUAGAGCAGCAUGGGUAGGCCGUGGACAACAUGAUUACUUAUCAAUCUCAAUAACACUAUUUUCUAGAUUAUAUUUUUAAAUCUCAUGGUCAUGUAAGUCAUCAUUUCUUUAAACUCUUACCUUAUUUCAAGGCAAGUGACAUGUAUUUCAGUGAUAAAGUCAUGGGGGAAAAAUUCAUCAGUUUUUCAUGGUUUUCCAUUGGUGGAUUAAUCUAUUUAUAUCCAUUUUAUAGUAAAUGGCAAUAGAAGAAAACUAAUUCUGAAACCCUUGCUACUGCUUGGUCUCCAUUUGGUCCUUACUUUGGACUCUUUUUGCACACUGGCCAAUGGAGAUGGCUGGGAAGAAGAGCUGAAGCUGGAGUGCUCACAGCUGGCCACAUCUGUGAUGCAUAAGGACAUGGAAUGUGGAUGCUUUACAUUUUGACCAACACAUGGUGUCUACCAUAACCCUUCAUUUUAGUCCAAUUGCUUAACCAAGUAAUAUUCUUUAGAAUUCAGAGAUCAGAUCUUCCUAUAAUUCCAAGCCUAUGACUAGGCUAUACCUCAGACUGUUCUUUAACAGUUUCACCUCUGGAAUUGAACUCUGAUUUUUCUAACCCAAUUGGUGACCAUAUCUUAAUGCAACUCAAGAGCUUAGAUUGGAGUCUUCCCUUGUCCUACAUCAAGAUGUUCACUCCCAAAGUACUCCCCGCAGAAUGAUGUGCUUCUACACACAAAGCUAUACUCACAACCAGUCAUUUUGGAAUCUUGCAAUUUUCCUAAGAUAGGGUUAAAUUUUUUGCUGAUACUUUCUGAUAUAAUUUGGCUUAUUGUUUUUGAGAUCUUGGCUGAAAUAAAUGAGAUGCUUAUGAAAACCUCAUGUAAAAUUAUUUUUUUAAGAUUCUAUUUUAAGGAACCUCUACAUCCAGCAUGGGGCUCAAACUCAGAACCCCAAGAUCAAGAGGCACAUACUCUACUGACUGAGCCAGCCAGGUGCCUCAGUUUUUUUUAAAGACAUGUAAGAUUAUUUUUAACAAUUCCAAUACUUCAACUUUAGACCACCUAAUGUACCUGUUUUCUUCACAUGGCUUACAAGAUAGCCAGAAUUUUUGAUGUAGGAAUCUUGAAGGCUACUAACUGGAGCCAACUAGACAUGUCUCCUCUGCCCAGGCUGACAUGAUUGUCCCAGUGUGGAACCAGUGUGCUAAGAUGAGGGCCAUAGCAAGAUGCUCCUAGAGUUUCAAUUUUUAAAUAUCUCAGAUGAAUACUGUAUCCCAGGACACUGAGAAUUUACUUUUCCAAAAGAACGGACAUUCUGCUUCAGAGAAUGAAGGUUUUCUCAUCAUCUAAUACUAAUUUGAACACGGACAAGAAAGCAUCCUUGGACAAGGAUAUGUUAUGUCAUGUAUUUUUCUUUGAUAAGAUGUGCAAGAAAGAUUUCUGAAUGAGAUCUGCUUAUUUCCACAGUAAUGGUGGUGGUUAUUUGUCUUCCAAUCUGGGAAGCCUCCCCAUGCUCUGUAGCUUUUCAGGGGCAAAUUUAUUUAUUCAUUUCUUUUUGGUUGUGUUGUGUGAGCCUAUUAAAACCAAUCCCCGGUGGGCAGCACUUGGCCAGUCCAGUGGCCAAAUGCAGAAAUCCAACUGGUCAUGUCGCCACCCAAGAAAAGAGAAGAGCGAGGUCAAGUACUUCCCCACACCUUCCUUCAUGUAGUUAGAGUUCUUCGUUUUCCUGGCCCCUCACUGCUUCUGACAGAAUGGGCUAGGGGAAACAGUUUUACUAGACAGAGGUUGCAUCCUCCCUGGUGUCAUUUUUAAUUCAUUUUCUUGCUCUUGCAAGCAACAGUCUAUUCAAAGUUCAGCUUCCCCAUUACCUGGAAAGCCUUUCCUAUGUUCUUCUUCCCUCAGAAACAUACCAAGAUUGCCUCAAUGUUGCAGUUCCUGAUUAUGUUUCCUGCUUUUGUGUUUUGCAUAAUUGGAUUUUCCAAGUUUUUGGCUGUUUGUAGUAUUGAAUCAUGCCUUGCCUCACAAUAGAUCUGGCUGUGGCCUGAGAGUUUUCCACAUUGGACUAUGAAGGGAAUUUAAAACACUGAUUCCAAGGGGAAAAAUAAAACAUCCAAAAUAUAAGCAUAUUUUAAUCAUUCAAUCUUCCUCCUACGACAAAGUUAGUUGGCCAAAUAAUAGGCAGAAAUGAAAGUCACUCUUUUUCCACAAUUGGUAAUGUUUUAUUUGUUGGAGGAUAAUCCAGCUAUAUAGUCUAGCCUUUAAGACACUGGGACCUUAUGUUGCCAAAAAAUUGUAAGUUCCCUUGACAAUUUUCUAAAGGUAAGCUAGGGUGUCACUAUCUCUUCCUACGUAUAGACAGUAGAGCCACAUACUUCUUACUUGCUUUUUAUUUAAGUCGGAGCUGGCCAUUUAAGCUUACGUUUACUCUGAUUUGACAGGAAUACGUUAAAAAAACUUUUUAUUAUAAAAAUCAUUAGGGACACCUGGGUUGCUCAGUGGUUAGCAUCCGUCUUUUGCUCAGAUAGUGGUCGCAGGGUCCUGGGAUCAUGUUCCACAUCGGGCUCCCCGCAGGGAGCCUGCUUCUCCCUUUGCCUGUGUCUUUGCCUCUCUCUGUGUCUCUAAUGAAUAAAUAAAUAAAACCUUAAAAAUAAAUUAAAAAUAUAAAAAUCUUUAAACAUCCACAAAAGCAGAGAGUGUAAAUAGCACAAAGAACACUCAUGCCUGUCUAUCACCCAACUGCCACCUCAGUCACCUGUGACCACUGUUAGGUGUAUCUCCCCUCUCUCUACACCGGCCCCCACUGGAUUUUUCUGAAAUAAAUGCCAAAGAUUAAGCAGUA